GGGAGAGAUUACAUAUCUCUCCUGGCCAGGGAAUGCCUCAGGAUCCCCCAGGAGGAGCUAGAAUGCGUUGCUGGGGAGAGGGACGCCUGGAAUACCUGGCUUUGCCUACUGCCCCCGCGACCCGACUCCGGAUAAGCGGGUGAUGAUGGAUGGAUGGAUGGAAGAGAGUAGCAAGGUUCUCACUGAGACGGACUCUCACACAAGUGACCUGACACAGACGCUAUCUCCACCCACCAUCAGUACCUCAUUCAUCCACACCAUGAGAGGAAGUUUACUCGCUCAGUAUGCGAAAGAAGGCAUUUGCAGCACUCCCUACUUCUCAAGUCUCCUUCAAAACAUUUCAUCUUCAAAACGUAUCAUCAUCUCACUUUCAUCUUUCACAAAAAGAGUCUGCUCUGAAGUGAAAAAGAGAAAGAGAGGAUUGUCACGACACGUCGGCUGAACCCGUCACACAAUGAACAACUCGCACUGCCUGGCUGCCCAGGACCUGGUGGGGAGAGUGGUGCCCCCGAUCCUCAUCGUGGAGCUCAUACUGGGGCUGCCGGCUAACAUGGUGGCCCUGUGGAUCUUCUCCUGCCGCAUGCCGAGCUGGAGGUGCAACACCGUGUACCUGCUGAACCUGCUGAUCGCGGACUUCUUCCUGCUCGUCAGCGUGCCCUUCCGCAUCGACAGCCUGAUGCGCGGCGAGGACUGGGUGUUCGGAGGCGCUUGGUGCCGAAUCAACCUCUUCAUGCUGGCGCUCAACCGCUCAGCCAGCAUCGUGUUCAUGACCAUCGUGGCCGUCGACCGCUACUUCAAGGUGGUCCACCCGCACCACUGGGUGAACCACCUCACGACCGGGAAGGCGAUACGGCUCUCGACCGUGACGUGGGCGGUGGUGCUGGCUCUGUGUGUCCCCCUGUUGGCCACUCAGCUCCUGCAUGAGCACAACAGUACCCAACAAUACCUCUGCCGCAGCUUCAGCUCCUACAGUAAACCACCGCCGGCCAUCAUGGUGCAUUAUGGCGUGUACAUCCUGGAGUUCUUCCUGCCCUUCCUGCUGCUCAGCUUCUGCUCGCUGCGGAUCAUCUGCUUCCUGCGCAGCCGCCAGAUGGACAGGAAGCAGCAGGUGAAGCGGGCCAUCCAGGUGGUGAUGAUCAUCGUGGGCGUCUUCACCGUCUGCUUCCUGCCGGGAAUCGUCACAGGCCUCGUCACCCUCGCCAUCCAGAAGCUUCACCCAAAUGACUGCGACUCCUUCAGACUGGCGUCCCAGCUCUUCAGCGUGUCCAUUGCGUUCACCUACCUGAACAGCACGCUGGACCCCGUCAUCUACUGCUUCUCCAGCAGCACGUUCCGAAACACCCUCAAGGCCUCCUUCAACUCCCUGGGCAUCUUCCACAUGGCCGUGAGCAAGGCCUCCAUCAACUCCCUGGGCAUCUUCCACAUGGCCGUGAGCCGGAGGGGGAGCAGGAGUACGGCUAGCGACCUAUAACGAGUAGGCUUAGCGACCCAUAACGAGUACGAUUAGCAACCCCUAACAAAUACGAUUAACGAGCCCUAUCAAGUAUGAUUAGCGACCCCUAACAAGUAGGAUUAGCGACCCCUAACGAAUACGAAUAGCGAGCCCUAACAAAUAUGAUUAGCGACCCCUAACGAAUACGAUUAGCGAGCCCAAACAAAUACGAUUAACGACCCCUAACAAAUAUGAUUUGUGACCCCUAACGAGUAGGCAUGGUGACCCUUAACGAGUAGGCUUAGUGACCACUAACGAGUAGGGUUUGUGACCCCUAAUGAAUACGAUUAGCAACCACUAACGAGUACGAUUUGUGACGAAUACUUUUAAAGAUAAAAGGAGAACAAGCUUUGAUGGAUUUCAACUUUGCUAAAAUCCAAUAUCUGUUUAUCCUUUUAAAAAGCAGGCAUGAACUGUGAUUCUGCUGCUGAGCUGAUGUGUAAAUUAGAAAUCACAGCAUGUUUUUAAGCAAUAGAAAUUAAGGGCCUGACAACCAUGUGGUAAACAAGGAAAUUAAUCAAUUGACUGUACUGAUGCAUGUUUGUACAUACAUUAGUAUGUGCCCUCAGUAAGAAACUUUAUUAGGUAUUAUAUUAUGACUGAUAGUAUAUUUCAAGGUGCUCACUAAAUUUGAAUUUGAAUAGUUCAAUAAACAAAAGUUCUGCAUUCUUUA